CUCGCCGUCAACAAGCGAACAUAUUCUUUCUCGAGAUAAUUGGCCUUCGGGCCUGAGAGCAAGAUGGACGAAGGAUCAAUGCCUGGUGCGUUCCCUGCUGAGGUACACCAAGCCGUUCCUGCAAACAGGACACCGAAGAGGCGGUUCGUCGGGCGGAGAACCGCAGAUGCGCAGGCGAAACAGAGGCAAAAUGAGAACUCGUCGGUCGAGGAGACGACUGCUGUGGUUCCAAAAGUCCCAAGAAAGACUCCACGCGCCCUGAACCAGGUACCUGCAGAGAUCCUCGAUGACCCCGACAUCCAGGCCGCUAUAGCCCUACUGCCUCACAAUUACAGCUUCGAGAUACCCAAGACGAUCCAUCGCAUCCGAACGCUAGAAGCGAAGAGAGUUGCUUUGCAAUUUCCUGAAGGCCUGCUCAUGUUCGCCACGACGAUAUCGGAUAUCCUUACACAAUUCUGUCCCGGCGCGGAGACAUUGAUCAUGGGAGAUGUUACAUACGGAGCGUGCUGCAUCGAUGACUACACUGCAAGAGCGCUGGGAUGUGAUCUUUUGGUUCACUAUGCGCACAGCUGCUUGAUACCAGUCUCGACCACCAAGAUUGCCACCCUCUACAUCUUCGUAGACAUAUCGAUCGAUAUCAAGCAUCUAGUGAGCACGUUAUCCCGAAAUAUUUCGCCAGGAAAGACAAUCGCCAUGGUGGGCACAAUUCAGUUCAAUGCGACUCUGCAUACUAUCAGGCCAGCCCUGGAAGCGGAAGGCUUGAAGCUGGUCGUGCCACAGGUCAUGCCGCUGAGUAAGGGCGAAGUUCUGGGUUGUACUGCGCCUAAGAUCUCCCAAGAUGCAAACGUCGACCUGAUACUUUAUCUUGGUGACGGUCGCUUUCACCUUGAAGCUGCGAUGAUCGCGAAUCCUGACAUGCCAGCAUAUCGCUACGAUCCUUAUUCGCGGAAGCUGACUAGGGAGACUUAUUCCCAUGAUGAAAUGCUGGAUAUGCGGUCAUCCGCGAUUCAAACGGCAAAGAAGGCGAAGAAAUGGGGCUUGAUACUUGGUGCUCUGGGCAGACAAGGCAACCCGCAUACACUGACUAUGAUUCAAAACUACCUCACGAAGCAAGGUAUUCCGUACGUCAAUCUCCUGCUUAGCGAGAUUUUCCCCGGGAAACUGGCGCUCUUCGAAGAUGUGGAUUGUUGGGUUCAGAUUGCAUGUCCCCGGUUGAGUAUAGACUGGGGUUACGCUUUCCCUCGGCCAUUACUUACUCCUUACGAAGCUCUUGUGGUGCUGGGUGCUCAACAAGGAUGGGAAGCUGAAGGAAGCACGUACCCAAUGGAUUUCUAUGCCAAUCAUGGGUUGGGAAGGACUACGGAAAAGCUCGCCACACAGGUGGGCGUCACUGCUUGAGAUCAUCGGAAUGCGGGCGAGCAUUGUAUCGUCCGCGUCCACAUCCAGCAAUUGCUGCUCAUCACACGUUGCGGUCAGAGUCGUAGAACUCAUCUGAGCAACAUACCCAACGACGGCCAGGAUAUGUCCCAGCGCAUCACUGCAAUCGCCCAGUCACUGUCAUAUAUUGAUGUAGCUGAUUGGA